ACCGGUGUCCGAUUCUGAGAAACCAGAACUAGGAAUUAUUUCAUGCCAAGAAAAACCAGUUUGUUAGAAUUAGCCAUAGUUUCAUGGACAUUUCUAGAUCUGCAUUCAGGCAGUAAGACACCAGAAAUCUCAAGCCAAAACAUGGCUGGAUUCUUCAAGCAAGUUGUUGGAGGAAUUAAAGGGAUUGUGGAUGCAGCAUCAGCCAACAUCAGCCCAUUUAAAGUGCAAGUUGUAAAGCCUGAAGAUCACUCAGGAUUGACAAUAAGGAAUAAUGAUGGCAAUGUGACGCUGUUCCGUAGAUCUGGCAGUUAUGAGUGUGUGGUCUAUACAAGGGGAGUACAAAGCAAGAUCUUCAGCAUAUUCCGUCUGACAAAUGAGGGGGAGGCUUAUGCUUUGUUUAAUGUCUUCACACCUAAACUGAAUGCCUUGACAAACUGUAGUAGCUCUAUGGCUAAUGAAAAGGUCAUGCAGAAAGUGUGUGAUUGCAUGCGGGACCAUCAGACCUGGACAACAGCCCAUGUUGCUGCUUUUGUUGGCUUGUUUGAAUGCUUUAAAUUUACAGACAUUAAGAGUCUCAUAAACAGUCAAUGUACAGCUACAAGCGCUACCCCGAUGAUGGCAGCCAUUAUCGGGAGACAACUUCAGUGUGUCCAGGAGCUACAGGCCUGUGGUGCUUCCAUGGAAGUUCAAGAUUUAAAUGGAGACACUGUAUACCACUAUGCUGUUCAAGCAGACCCAAAGACCAUACCUGUAUUGACUCGCAUUGACGUUAACAAGGUGAUGGACUGGAUGAACCACAAAGGCCAGACCUGCCUCAGUGUAGCUUGUGAGAAGGGCUUGUCAGAGGCAGUAGAGGAACUGAUACAAGCUGGAGCUAACCCAUGUAUUUCCUCGGCUGAUAGCUUUCCGAUCCACUUGGCUGUCAAGGCAGGUUACAUCAGGUGUGUGGAAAUUCUCUUGAACAAGUUUCCAGACCUGGCGAGCUUGCAAGAUAACAAAAAUGGAGGUACUCCAUUUCACUGGGCAAGGACUGAUAAGAUGAUGGAGCUGUUGUGUAAAACUAAAUGUGAUGUGAAUGUUCGGAGUAAUACCAGCCACACACCUCUACACAUCAUGCAGCAGGAAAAGAGGAUUGAUUGUAUAAUGGUGUUGUUGUGUUACGGUGCUGACGCCAGGAUAGCUGACCAAAAUGGAGACACACCUCUACACCUAGCUGUCCGGAAUGAUGAUGUUGAGAUGGUGCGUACUUUGGUGGUGUUUGGAGCAGACGUUAAUCUGCGUAAUGCACAGAACCAGACAGCCAGACACAUCGCCACUGUAAACAACAGCAAGAACAAAGAUAUAAUCAUUUUCAUACUGCAUGUGUCUGGGGCACGGCGUUGUUCUGCUGAGGUAAAGGGCUGUCAGAAAGGCUGUUUCUGUGAGGGAACUUAUGCUGGUACCCCUGAUGAAACCAUGAAAAACAUGAUGGAUGCCGAUAAAACAGCCAUUCUGGAUGAAAUGUUUGCAUCGUUCCCUUUUGACGAGACAUUAACCAAGGCGGAAGAGGCAGGAUUUGGUCUUGAUUCACCCGACUCUGGCACUGGUAUUCCACCAGGUGAUAGAUUGCUCUGUCUUGAUGGAGGAGGUAUACGAGGACUGGUGCUCAUUCAGAUGUUGAUGGCUAUAGAGAUGGAGGCUGGCAUUCCCAUAAAGGAGUGUUUUGAUUGGAUAGGAGGGACCAGUACAGGUGGAAUCUUGGCUCUCGGGAUUGGUAUUGGAAAAUCCUUGACGUAUUUGAAAGGACUUUACUUUCGUUUAAAAGACGAGGUCUUUACUGGAACAAGACCAUAUGCUACUGAACCAUUUGAGGAAAUGUUGAAAAGGGAAUUUGGAGAUACUAAAGUGAUGACAGAUAUCAUUCAUCCAAAGGUUGUGGUAAUGGGUGUGUAUGGAGACCGACACCCUACAGAGUUACACCUAUUUAGGACCUACUUCCCAACCAUCCAGAGGGAAUUCACCACCACAAAAAAUGGGGUCAAGUUUGACCCACCUCCCCUUCCUAAUGAACAAAAGAUGUGGCAGGCAGCACGAUCGAGUGGUGCAGCUCCCACCUACUUCAGAGCUCACGGCAGGUUUGUGGACGGGGGAAUGAUAUCCAACAACCCAACACUAGACAUGCUCACCGAGAUCCACGAGUACAACACUGGACUCAAAUUGAAGAAUGAGGCCCACCUCACCCACCCACUGGCCUGUGUUGUCUCCCUUGGUACUGGUCGUAUUCCUGUUGUUCACAAUGAACACAUUGAUGUUUACCGUCCCGAGAGUGUGUUUGAGAUCCACAAAGUGGCCAAGGGAAUAUCUGGACUUGUCAGCAUGCUGCUGGAUCAGGCUACAGCAUCUGAGGGGAGUCCUGUGGAUCGAUCACGAGCUUGGUGCAGCAUGCUAAAUGUUCCCUUUGCACGAUUCAGCCCCCACCUGUCGCUGGACCUACCCCUGGAUUGUCAUGACAACAAACAACUGAUCAACAUGAUGUGGGAAACACAGUGUUACAUUGAGGCCAACAAACACCGAGUCCAGCGUGUGGCCAGCAUGCUGAGAAAAUACCACCGCAUAAACAUGUCCCUACGACCUCCAUCAGAUAGCUCCCAACUGGUGGAGGUGGAAGGCACAUAAUGUACUAUUUAGAAUUCUCGGUUAAUCCUCCUUCAAUGUUGAGUCAUUGAGCAUUAAAAAAGAGCUUCUUUUUCUCUUUUAAAAUUAAAUCUACUUAUUGGUAAUCAUCUUAUAGUUAAUUAUCGCAGGGUUUGCUAAAUGUAAUGAAGGAGGAACCUUGAGAGAUACAUUGGUAGUGAAGUGAUAUUAAGGCAUGAAAAUGAGGGUCACAAUUAUGAAUAUUAUUGACAUUUUACUGUUAAGUAAAUGACAUUUAUGGACUUUUUGUUAAUAAAGAAUAGUUUGUAGUAUAGUGAUUACCAAACAUGACAUUCUAGGAUUUUGUUUUGACAGGGUAUAAAAUGUGGGAACAAAUUGCUUUUUGUAACUGCAGCAUAUUUUUAAGUGUGCCAUUUAUAAAUGUUAUCUAUACCUCUACCUUAUACAUUCUAACUGUGAUCUAUGUAAGAGUUAUCUCCCAUAUAUUUAAUGCCAUACUAGAUGUUGUUUUUUCCAUCUGACAGUGUGUAAUCAUGGCAUAUCUCUCAUGAACUCUAAAAAAAAAUUGAAAAUCUGUAAUACCAUGUUAAAAAAAAAUUUGAAAAUCUGUAAUUACUAUGUAAAUGAUAAUGCCAAAUCAGGUCUCGUAUUCCAUUAUGGAGAGAAUUAUAUAAUAACCCUUAAGGCCUUUAUUAAAUGUUGAUCACAAUUUAGUUGUCAAAAUUUUUAGUAUUGCAGAAUGAAACUAUGGUCUUUUGUCCACAGUUUAGAGAGUUAUGCACCUUUGCUUGCUGCCUGUUACUUCUUUCCAGGGCUCACUUGGAUAGUGGAGUAUGGUGUUAACUGUCUCACUGUUUAUAGUUUGUAAACAUAGUAAUGAUAGUUUACUGUAUAUUACCCUCGCUCUCUAGGGGUAGAUUACAGGAGGCAAAAUGUAACAUCUGUAAGCAUUUUCAAAUAGUAAAAAUAAUUCAAGAUAAACAGUACAGAAUGUGGCUGAUCCUGUGGGUAAAACACUGAAUGUUCUCUUUUACAAAACUGACCAUUCAUAUAACUUUGAGAAUCAUGUUGAUAUAUAUAUAACUUAGACCUUGUUUUGUACAAACUAGUUACACAAUACUAUGUACUUAAUGCCAACGUUUAUUAGUGCUCUACCAGCUUUAUUCCUUGAGGAAUUUCAAUCAAAACUCACUCAAUGAUAAAGAACCAUAAUAUCUCAGAAACUUUUGAUUUCCUGGGAUUUUGGGUCAAGGUCACUGUUACAACCUUUAGAAGAUGCUGGUAGGGGACAAGUGUUCCUUAAGCAAUAUCAUGUAUCUUGUUAUUAUGUAAAAAAACAGAUAGUAUAUCCCUCAGGAUAUAUUAUACAUGAAAUUAUGGUAUUUGUUUAUUUUUGACAGUAGGCAGAGUUUGUCUAGAUGUGAGAAUAAGACAAUGGAAUUGUGAUAUACUAUCUUAUAUAACUGAAUAAUUACAUAAUUAUAUUGAAAUAGAUGUGAAAGGAUAUGAAAGGAUAUUAUUACAUAACUUUAAUGUAUCGGGUUAUUUUAUUCGUGUGAUUGCUCAAAACUGUGCAUCCCUCCAAGUAAGAUAAACCUGUAAUGAUUAAUGUAUAGACCUGUGAUAUAUGUGUGGUCAGGUCUAGUCAUCUGGGCAAUAUACUACAGGACUGGUACAAUUCUUGUUGAUAUGCAAGAUUAUAUUCAACAAAUUGGUGAUCAUGUGACAUGUACAUAGUAAAUGAUAGCGAUAUACUUUUCCCUAUACACAAUGUGAUGUGUUCCACUGUAUACCCGAUAUAUAGCGACCUAGAAUAAUAUUUGGAUUUUUGACACAAGUUUAUUACUGAUGUUGAAUUCGUUAGUAUGAACUCAAUAUUACUUUGUACCUAUUAGAGACUAUAAGUUUGGUACUUAGAAAUCUAUCCUAAACCUGCACCAGGCUUAAUUACAAGCAGAUAGUGGCUGUGUACAUGUUGUAACAGGGACAAUGAAGGGGUGGGGUGCAAAAUAGAAUCAUGUCCAGUUUAUACUUUUCUUUUGGAAGUAUUGCAGCUCAUAUUAAUGAAAUGAAGUUCAGAGGAUCACUCAUUGUUUUCAGGUCAUCUGCAAGGUCAAGAUGACAUACAGUGGUCAUCUACAAGGUCUAGAUGAUAUACAGUGGUCAUCUACAAGGUCAAGAUGACAUACAGUGGUCAUCUGUAAGGUCAAGACGAUAUACAUUGGUCAUCUGCAAGGUCAGGAUGACAUACAGUGGUCAUCUGCCAGGUCAAGAUGACAUACAGUGGUCACCUGCAAGGUCAAGAUGACAUACAGUGGCACCUACAAGGUCAAGAUGACAAACAGUGGUCAUCUGUAAGGUCAAGACGAUAUACAUUGGUCAUUUGCAAGGUCAAGAUGACAUACAGGGGUCAUUCCCUUAGCGCUGGCAUCAGAAUCGGGCGCUCGUUUAAUUACUCAAACAAUGAAAUACCCGGUAGCAAUGAAACUUGCGACAAAAUCUUUAAACAUAAAUUACUGCUCAAGUUUGAUUUUGAUGUUGAUCUGAGAUUCAUUACCCAGUGGGGCCACGGUGGUCGAGUGGUUAAGGUGUACCGACACUUUAACACUAGCCUUCCACCACUGGGUUGCGAGUUUGAAACCUACGUUGGGCAGUUGCCAGGUGGUUUUUCUCCGGUUACUCCGGCUUUCCUCCACCUCCAAAAUCUGGAACGUCCUUAAAUGACCCUGGCUGUUAAUAGGACGUUAAACAAAAACAAACCAAACAAAUCAUUAUCCAGUGGUUUGCCUACUGUUUGCCUACUGUACUGGAAGCUGAAAGUGGUUGGUGUUGAAUGACUUUUAGAGAGAUGGUCAAUACUGGUAAUACUGUAGAUCAAAAUAUAUAACGAGAUCCUCAGCCCACUUAAUCAGCCAGUACAUUCCAUCCUCCUGAUUUGUAUUAUCUAAGGAUUCAUGGCCUUUGUGUAUAUUUAAUUCAGCAAAAUCAUUGUAGCCAGGUAUUAAUGAUAUACUUGACAUGAUUUAUUGAAUUGAUGAUUUGUAUUCCAUUGUUGAAAUUAUUGUUAUGAAAUGAAUAAUUUAAAAGUUUAUAAUUAUGUAAUGGAUAUGACAUAGGAGUAAAUCUGUACGUGCUUGAUAUAUAUCUCAUUAAGAUUUUUUUGAUCAGUUUGUUAAUCUAUUUUGAAUUUAAUUAAAUUGUACAUUCAAUUUGUGUACCUGAAUUAUGAGUAAUAAUGAUUAUUUGUUUUAUUUAUUGACAAGUUGUACCUUCUUGAUCAAAAUUGAUUUGAACUUUGUUGUGAUGUAACCAUUCCUAUGUCUAUUGACACAUUACUUUUUUUAUGAUAUGAAGGAGCAUUCAACUUGUUAUUAAUUGUUUACAUUUCUAUGAGAUUGAUAUUGUUUAAUCAUGCACUUUAUAUAACAUUUUUUUGUUACAUGUAUAACUUACAUGGUUAUUGAUUGUUAUAUGUAAAUGUCCCGACCGUACUUUAUAUGUAUGGUAUAACCUCUUUAUGUUUAGUGACAGUAAUGUACCCGAGUAGUGUAUUUAAUGACACUGUUUAAUAGUCCCAUACUUUAUGCAAGUCUUUUAGGUUUGUUCUAUGUGAUUUAAACAAAUGGAAGAUAGAAAGUUUACAAUAGUCAUGACCAUAGUUAACAUAAAACUGCAGAUACAUGUCAUCCUACUGAAUAUUCUGAUCAUCUGUCAUUUUGUUUUUCCAGUACAAGCAUUUUUUUGGGUAUAAAUUGCUUAUCAUGGGAUAUUGGCCGCUACGAUGUAUGAAAUUUGCUACAUUGUGAGGCCAUGAUAGGAGCUGAUCUGAGUAACUUUCUCGCUUAUAAGAAAGCCUAAUAUACAACCAUGAUGUACGUGCCAUUUCUUAGAAUGAAAAAAAAUAUAAUUUAUUUAUAUGUACAAGAUGAAAGUUGUACAAACAAGGUAAAAAGUCAUACAAUUGAGAUAAUAUUGUCAUACAUACGAGAUAAAAAAAAGUUGUACAAUUUUAUUAACUUUCUAUGAAGGUAUCCUUAUAGAAAAAGUAUAUAAAUAACCUUACCAAUUAGUCAAGACCAACAGUCCUGUCAUCAUGCAUAUACUGACCCCUAGGGAUCUGAACAAUGUACCACAAACAAUUAAUUCACACUAUGGAUAACAAAAUUAAACUCCAUUCAUAUUCUCAUGUAUACUAUGCAUGGUCCCUAGUUGUGCAUAUUGCAGUUCGUUUCCCUUGGUCCCUAGUUGUGGAUAUUGCAUUUUAGGACCGAUCAGAAAACAACAUGGCCUAUGAAGGCGGUCAUAUUUGAUUUUGACAAUUGAAGUUUGUUAUUGCUAUUUCUCAGAAAGUACCCAAGGGAUCUUUCUCAAAUUUCAUAUGAAAGUUCCCCUUGGUCUGUAAUUAUGCAUAUUGCAUUUAUGGACCAAUUGGAAAACGACAUGGCUGAAAAAUUGAAGUUUGUUUUACUGUUUCUUAGAAAGUGCUGAAGAGAUCUUUCUCAAAUGUCAUCUGUUGGUUCCCCUUGGUCCCUAGUUGUGCAUUUUGGGACCGAUCCAAAAACAACAUGGCCGACUGGCAACCAUCUUGGAUUUUGACAAUUGAAUUUUGUUAUGGCUUGUUCUCAGAAAGUAAUUGUUUUGGAGGCAUGAUAAUGAUGAACAAAAAACGAAUAGAAUAGGUCAUUUUAGAAUAGGAGAGGGGAAGGACUGAAAUAUUUUGGCGAGAUGGCAGGUGAAAUAAGAGGAAUCAUUAGGAAUUUGGUUUUCAGUAGAUAGUUCUCACUGAAUAGCGGCAUUAACUUCAGGCGCAUAUGUUAUUGUAUAACAGUGUAAGUAUUGUUGUGUAUGUGAUUGUUCAGCAUUGUCUUCCGUUAAUAAUCAAAACUUGGGAGUCUGUAGCUGUGAACGCUUCAAUAAAGCAAUAGAUGUGAUUUUA